AGACAAGUAAAAAGGGUGAUGGACAAACGUGCGGGCACUAAGACCGCAAGGCAUUCAUUUCCUCCUACGGUGGAUGCGGACGCCGGGAGGAGGAGAGUCCCGGAGAGAGGAGCUGCGAGCCGAGGCGCAGAGAACACGUAGCGACUCCGAAGAUCAGCCCCAGUGAACAUGAGAGUGUUGACUCUACAAGAAUAUGAAUUCGAAAAGCAGUUCAACGAGAAUGAAGCCAUCCAGUGGAUGCAGGAAAACUGGAAGAAAUCUUUCCUGUUUUCGGCUCUGUAUGCUGCCUUUGUCUUUGGUGGUCGGCACCUAAUGAACAAACGGGCGAAGUUUGAACUGAGGAAGCCAUUAGUGCUCUGGUCUCUGACCCUUGCAGUCUUCAGUAUAUUCGGUGCUCUUCGAACUGGUGCUUAUAUGGUGUACAGUGUGAUGACCAAAGGCCUGAAGCAUUCAAUUUGUGACCAGGGUUUUUACAAUGGACCUGUCAGCAAAUUCUGGGCUUAUGCAUUUGUGCUAAGCAAAGCACCCGAACUAGGAGAUACAAUAUUCAUUAUUCUGAGGAAGCAGAAGCUGAUCUUCCUGCACUGGUACCACCACAUCACUGUGCUCCUCUACUCCUGGUACUCCUACAAGGACAUGGUCGCAGGGGGUGGUUGGUUUAUGACGAUGAACUUUGGCGUGCACUCUGUGAUGUACUCUUACUAUGCCUUGCGAGCGGCGGGUUUCCGCGUCUCCCGGAAGUUCGCCAUGUUCAUCACCUUGUCCCAGAUCGUUCAGAUGCUGAUGGGCUGUGUCAUUAAUUACCUGGUCUUCCAAUGGAUGCAGCAUGACCAGUGUCACUCCCACUUUCAGAACAUCUUCUGGUCCUCACUCAUGUACCUCAGCUACUUUGUGCUCUUCUGCCACUUCUUCUUUGAGGCCUACAUCGGCAGCAAGAUGAGGAAAGCCAGGAAGGCUGACUAGUGUCGGAACUGAGGAGGAAGCCGUAGCUCAGGGUCAUCAAGAAAAACAACAGACAAAAGAAAAUGGCACAAGGAAUCACAAAUGGUGCAGCUAAAACAAAACAAGACAUAUGAGCAAACACACAACCCAAGGCAGCUUAGGGAUAAUUAGGUUGACUUAACCCAGUAAGUUAGUGAUCCUUUUUGGGUGAGGACUCACUGAGUACACCUCCAUCUCAAAGGACUGCUGCUGGAAGACCCCAUUCCCUCUUUAUCUGUCAACUCUAGGACAAAUGAGAGCAAAGUGGGCCAGAGGCAGAGAGAGAGAAGGCAAACAAGCUAUUAACAGUAUAUGGAAAAAAUGAGUUUACUAAGUGUUAAAUUUCUCUAAGGAUCAAAGAAGUUUACUUAAAAACCACGUGAGCACAUACAUACAAUCCUUUCUAAUCUCUUUUGACACUAAACUGGAGCCAACAGAAAAAGUAAAAACGGAAGAGACAUGGGGUGUAUAUCUAGAAUAACGCUUUUGCAAAAUUGAAAGUACUUUUAAAGAAAGGUUACUGGCUGUAGCCCCCGUGAGAAAAGAUGUCUUAAUCACCUCCUGAGAAAACAGAUGAUAAACUAUAUUUCAGCUAAAAGAAAGACUCGUUCCCCUUCAUAGCACAGCCUUAGUCUAGUGAGUUCACCAUAACAAAAUGAGGCACAAUAUUUUCCCAGGGCUCUCCCCGGGAGGAAGGAGGCAAUGCAGCCCGACUCCUGAAAGGGCAGCUCCGAUCUCAGCAUUUCUGAUAGUUUUCUCCUACCCCUAAAUGAGGUAGGACACAGCAUCCUUUGUUCAGUUGCCUUGGGCUUUCAAACAGAAGAAUAAAUACAGAAUAGAAAACAGACAACUCAACCAAAUUAUUUGAAAAAUAGACUCUUACCUGUAAAAAGUUGCGGCCCUGUACCGAAGUUCUUGGGAAAGAUCAAUGAGCCGAAGAUCAAUAUGAGAGACAAUGAGUACGCCCCUCCAUAGUUGACUCCACACAUAACUUUCCAAAUGAAACCCUGCGGUACAGUCCAUAUUUUCUAUAUUUUCGUGAAUUUCACACAGCAGCCCACAGGGCUCUCCUUGAUCUUGGGUGAACACUGUGUUUCUGCAUCAUCUGCCUUUGCUGAAGCAAUGCAGAGGUGUUUAAAGUGCCCUCUGCUGGUCAAGCAGAGAUACUUUGACAAACACACUUCAUGGCAAGUUGGGCUGAACAGUUGACACACAAAGGGCCCCUUAAAGACUUAUUCAAAUUUUAAAGGAUAUAAAAUAUUCACCAUAUUUUUGGCCAAAUCAGAAGACAUUCUUCCUACUUUGAGUCAGCUUCAGAAAUUUUUUGAAAAGGGACUUAUGCUCUGGAAUUCAGAAAAUCAACUUAUUAAGAGCCAUAUUCUUUAAAAAAAAAAAGGCUAGAUACUAUAAUAUCUGUAAUAUUUCAGUCCUUUACAAGCCAAAUAAAUGUGUAAACAUUCCUGUAUUUCAAAGAAGCAAUUAUGUCAAGUUGUUCAAUGUGAUAUAAUAGUAUUCUAAUUGGUUAUAUAGCUUAAUGAUUAGACAAACUAGAUAAAAAUUAGGGGCUACUACACUGCAUAGAUUAGACAUGCAUAACCACACACAUAUACACACAGAGGUGAGGUCCACUGAACUUUAAAGCCCAAAUAAAUAGAAACAUGUUUUCUGGCUAGCAGAAAAAGAAGCCGUUUAGCUUUCUUGCUUUGGGUGUGUACAGAAAAGGGAUUUUUCAAAUUAUUUUUAUAUUAUUUUAGCUUUAAUUGUGCUGUCAUUCAUGAAACAGAGCUGCUCUGCUUCUCUGUCAGAGAUGACAAGGGCUUUAUCAGCAUCUCGUCUAUGUGUGGAAUUGAAAAGAAUAAAGUUUUAUUCCAUUCUGUGUGAAUGGUCUGAACCAUGAACAGAAUCCGUGCAAACCAAGUCAUGACUGAUGGGAUGGAGGGUGGGCUGUAUGCAGGGAAGAGAAGCUGUUAUGUCUGUGUUAAAUUAUUGUGAACAAUCUAUGACGUCUUGACAUUGGUUCAUAGAUGCAUUGAUGGAGGAAUGUAUUAUUAGGGCAAAAACUGACAUAGACUGAAAAGACAAGUCCUGCUAUAACAACUAAUAGAUUAUUAGGAUGCAAAGUGUUAUUUUGAGCUUUGAAAAUACAUGAUACUGUGCAAUAAGCUUUUUUUUCUUAUAACAGAAAAUGAGCAGAAUAAUAAGGAAAAGGCCAAAUAACAGUUGACUUGAAUUUAACUGAAGGACAGUUAGAGCUUAUUUGGUUGAUUUAAUUUAAUGAUUUAAUCCUUGAUUUAUCAGUGAUCCUUUAAUGCAGGUUAGAAUAAGGAAAUAAUCAUAGACCUUAAACAGAUUCUGAUGCUUCCAAAGCACUUUCAUCUUGGUACAGGUUCAUACUUGUGUCUACUUAUGAAGUAAUUUAGAAAUUUUGUUUACAGGUUGAAUGUCUAAUAAAUAGUUUUAAAAUUAGUUAAAUAUAUCUAAAGGCAUUUCCGAUGUUUAUCAUGGGAGGGGGGGAAAUCACACCUUUAAAAAAAUUGAAAUUCUGCUAUUAUAGGUUCAACACACUGUUUUUAACAUCUCAGCUUAAGUGAUUAAUUCUAUUAAGAUAUGAGGCUGGACCACUACCCCUUGGCAAAUCUGAAGCCUAUCAGAGAAUUGACUGCCACAUAGAUAAUCCUGCUUUCACAUAACAUUCCAGAAAAACUUAGGCAGGCAAGUUUUUAUAGCUGCCCCACUAUGCUGCAAUAGAUUUCCUUUCUAUUGAAGAUUUUCCACUGUACUUCAAUUCCAGUAUCAUGAAAACAUUCCUGGAUUGAAAAAAUUUUUUAAACCAGAUCUUCAUUUCAGACAUAAAUACAUGCAAUUUGAUACACAAGGUCUGAGCAUCAACCCAAGUCUAUGAGUUUGCAGUGAAAAACAUUCUAGUGAGAAAUGCUCUAUUCAUAGAUCAGGAGGUUUUAUCUGGACCUUCUAAUUUUGCUCAUGAGAACAGAGCCACUACUAUAUUCAAGAAUCAUGUAUUGAGAUGAUUAUUCCAGUUAGUUUACUCCCAUCCUUCUAACCAUCUGUCCCCCUUCUCCAGGGGAUCUUCCCGACCCAGGGAUCAAACCCACAUCUCCCCCAUUUCAGGCAGAUUCUUUACCGUCUGAACCACUAGGGAAAACCUUCUAAUUAUACGCUGCUAUAAACAUGAGGGGACAGGGACAAUACAUUCAUAUACGUUGCUGAUGGGGAAAGAAAAAAUUAUAUCCCCAUCAUUUCUAUUAAUGUGGCUCUGAGUCUGGAACUUUACUGAGUGGGGUUUUUGCAGAACGGGAUGGAAGAACACUUCUAGGAAAGAGACUCACAAAAAAAAAAUUUUUUUUUAAUCAGCUGUGGUAUCAUUAUCAUAAGAUAAAACCUGUCACAUUAAGAACAACAAAGCACUUGGAAUAAACUACACUGGAGUAGAAUACUCCACAAGUCUGGUCUGGUUCCAGACUGCUGGGUUACCAGGGAGAAAUAAGCUCAGGUUGCUAUCUAUUACGAGAGAACAGCCUUUCUUCAGACACAACUAAGCUCCAGCACGCUUUCCCCCCCCAGUUUGGUUAAUGAGUGAAUCUUCAACAUAGUUGUUGGGUUGGUCAUGUGCUGACUCGGAGAGGGCUGUCAGGACAGUGGAGAUGGUCAAACAGACCACCUCCCUGAGUUCAGUGCUUUGACUUGUGUGCGCUUGGUCUGUGCCUGUCCCUUAGACACUUCUUUCCCUGAAAAUGUUUCCAUCCUGAAAAGUACAAUUGUGUGAGAGCUUUAUGAUGAAAGUCUAGUGGUCCGAUCUUUUUGUUUUCAAUAAUAAAUAUUUUGCUAUCAAUUCAGGAUGGUAGUAGA